CUCUCUUCGGCUACAGUAGUCUAGAGACAUGUCUAGUGCAUUGGAGGCUCGUUCCUUUCCCAGGAUCAAAGAGCUACGAGCCUAUGUGUCGUCUCCAGCUCAAUCUAAGCAAGGAGCUGAUUGCCAUGAUGUGGAAGAUGAGCACUGGAUAAAUGGAUUUCCAACUCCUAUCGCUAAUCCAAUGUCUGUGUAUCCUCAAUACAAAGCAUACCGUAAGUCUUGGGGAAUUAACGCUCUAGGAAGUGUCAUUGCAGAGGUAGAAGCAGACGAUGGAACGACUGGAGUGGGAGUAUCAAUUGGUGGAGCUCCUGCCUGCUUCAUCAUUGAAAAUCAUCUCAGUCGAUUUGUAGAAGGAGAAGAUCCCCGAAACAUUGAAUUGAUAUGGGAUCAGAUGUUUCGAUCCACUCUCAACUAUGGUCGCAAAGGAUUGCCAAUUCAGGCUAUCAGUGCUGUCGACUUGGCCCUUUGGGAUUUACUGGGGAAACUAAGACAAGAGCCUGUUUACUCAUUAUUGGGAGGCAAGACCAAAGAUCGCUUGCCGACCUACUGCACAACAGGUCGUCCUGAUAUUGCCAAGGAUCUGGGUUUUGUGGGAGCCAAAAUCCCUUGCCCAUAUGGACCAUCAGACGGAGAUACAGGUCUACGGAAGAACGUGGAGUUUUUCAAAGCAGCACGAGAAAAAGUUGGCGAAGACUUCCCUCUCAUGCUGGACUGCUAUAUGGCACUCACUGUUCCCUACUCUAUUCAGCUUGCCCGUCAGUUGUCUCCAUUAGGACUGAAAUGGAUGGAAGAGUUUCUUCCACCUGAUGACUACGAUGGAUACAGCCAAGUUCACAGUGCUCUAGCAGGUUGUGUCUUGUUGAGUACUGGUGAACAUGAGUAUACUCGCUAUGGCUUCCGACAACUCAUUGAAAAGAAAUGUGCCGAUAUUCUUCAGCCUGACAUCACAUGGGUGGGAGGUAUUACUGAAGCAAGACGCAUCGUAGCGAUGGCAUCAGCUCAUGAUUUACUCGUCAUUCCUCAUGGGUCCAGUGUAUUUUCUUAUCAUCUUCAGUAUGCAUUUACAAACUGUCCUAUAGCGGAGUACAUCAAUUUAAGUGCCAAGGCUGACACUAUUGUACCUUACUUUGGAGGUAUCUUUCCUGACGAACCAUUGCCAAAAGAUGGGUGGAUUGAUUUACCAGAAAAACCUGGUUUUGGAGUGACACUGAAACAUGCCAGUCUUCAUAGGCCACAUCCUCGUUCUGCAGAACAGGUUGAAAAGCAAGGGCAAGCAAACAGGAACAAGCCACUGCCAGCAAAAGCCAUGAUGACAUUUUAAUUCAUGACUACAGUAUUGCUGAUCAUUGUAAUAUUAGUGUCAGUCUCAUUUAUUACAGUUAACAGAGCCACGUGCCA